AUGUUGCGUAUUCAGAUGAUGACGACUGGGGAAGAGGUGGCGUGCCUGGAGCCGGAGAAGUUGCUGAGUAUUGCCGGCGCCACUGCUACGGGCCACGUGCGCGCCCUAAAUCUCCAUCUCCAAAAGCUCUGUGGGCAUAACCGGUUUCGACAACGGCUCCUGCAAGAAGACGGGCAGAUUUUGCCCGAAGAGGCGGUUCUGGAAGCACCUUGCCUAUUGCACCUGGUAAUUCUGGACUUUGCCGAGACUUCUGUCGGUGAUAUUGACAGGCUGCUCCAUGCAGCGGAAGCAGACGAUGCAAUGCAAGUAGAAACGAUCUUGCAGCGACCCCAAGAUCCAAACCGAACGGCGCAACACAACAUGACAGCUUUGCACGUUGCAGCUAGGUCUGACAGGCAAGUCGCCACAAGGCUGCUGCUCGAAGCUGGUGCGGCCACCGACCAAGUUGAAGACCGUGGAGCCACGCCACUGAUCUUCGCUGCAUACAACGGCCACUUGGAAGUGGCACGUUUGUUGUUGGAGUUUGGUGCGGGCAAGGACCCGGCGAUGCCAGAUGGAGCCACACCACUUUUUCUCGCAGCCCAGAACGGCCAUUUGGAAGUGGCACGUUUGUUGCUGGAGUUUGGUGCGGACAAGGACCUGGCCGAUGCACAUGGAGCCACGCCACUUUCCAUGGCAGCUUACCAUGGCCGCUUGGAAGUGGCACGUUUGUUGUUGGAGUUUGGUGCGGACAAGGACCCGGCGAGGUCAGAUGGAGCCACACCACUUUUUCUCGCAGCCCAGAACGGCCAUUUGGAAGUGGCACGCUUGCUGCUGGAGUUUGGUGCGGACAAGGACGUGGCCGAUGCACAUGGAGCCACGCCACUUUCCAUGGCAGCUUACAACGGCCACUUGGAAGUGGCACGUUUGUUGCUGGAGUUUGGUGCCGACAAGGACCUGCCGAUUUCAGAUGGAGCCACGCCACUGUACAUCGCCGCUGAGAUCGGCCACUUGGAAGUCGCACGAUUGUUGCUGGAGUUUGGCGCAGACAAGGACCUGGUCUUCGCAAAUGGAGCCACGCCAUUGUACAUUGCAGCUGAGAACGGCCACUUGGAAGUGGCACGUUUGUUGCUGGAGUUUGGUGCGGACAAGGACCUGGCGACUUCUGAUGGGGCCACGCCACUUUUCAUCGCAACUCGGAACGGCCACAUGGAAGUGGCUCUCUUGUUGCGAUGA